AUGCUCGAAAGGAGUACCCAGNACCACCCGGCCCCCGCCCCCGCCCCCGCCCCCGGCCCCGCUCACGCGCCGCGGGUGAUCUCGGGCCGGUUCGUGUCGUCGGCCGAGCCGGUCGAGCGGGUCCAGACCACCUACGACCUCGUGGAGCCGAUGCAGUACCUCUUCGUCCGCGUCGUCAGGGCGCGGGGCCUCCGCCCGUGCGAGUCGCCCUACGUGAAGGUCCGGACCGGGUCCCAGUCGUUCCGGUCGAAGCCGGCGCGCGACUCCGGCUCGGGCGAGCCGGAGUGGAACCAGGUGUUCGCGCUGAGCCACGCGAAGCCGGAGCCGACGCUGGAGAUCUCGGUGUGGGACGGCGCCCCCGCCGCGGCGGACGCGUUCCUCGGCGGGGUCUGCUUCGACCUCUCCGACGUGCCGGUCCGGGACCAGCCCGACGGCCCGCUAGCCCCGCAGUGGUACCGGCUCGAGGGUUCCGAGCCGGGCCCCCGCUCGGUGUCGGGCGACAUCAUGGUGUCGGUGUGGAUCGGGACCCAGGCCGACGACGCGUUCGCGGAGGCGUGGAUCUCGGACGCGCCGUACGUGAGCCACACCCGGUCCAAGGUGUACCAGUCCCCCAAGCUGUGGUACCUCCGCGUGUCGGUGAUCGAGGCCCAGGACCUGCGGCUCCCCGCGGCCGCGGCCCCGGCCCCGGCCCCCUGCACGCCGUUCGACGUGCGCGUGAAGGUGCAGCUGGGCUUCCAGUCGGCGCGCACCCGCAGGUCGACGGUGAGCGGGAGCGGGUCGACGUUCUCGUGGGCGGAGGACCUGAUGUUCGUGGCCGCGGAGCCGCUCGACGAUCAGCUGGUCGUGCUCGUCGAGGACCGGUCGGCGGCCAAGGACCCGGCGCUGCUGGGCCUCGCGGCGGUCCCCGUCCCCUCCGUCGAGCAGCGCCUGGACGAGCGCCACGUGCCGGCCUCCAGGUGGGUCAACCUCGAGGCCGAGGCCGAGGGCGGGUACCGCGGGCGGGUCCACCUGCGGCUCUGCCUGGAGGGCGGGUACCACGUGCUCGACGAGGCGGCGCACGUCUGCAGCGACUACAGGCCCACGGCGAAGCAGCUGUGGAAGCCCCCCGUGGGGGUGCUGGAGCUGGGGAUCCUCGGGGCGCGGGGCCUGCUCCCGAUGAAGACCAAAGGAGGCGGAGGAGGCAAGGGCUCCACCGACGCCUACUGCGUGGCCAAGUACGGAAAGAAGUGGGUCCGGACGCGGACCGUGACGGACAGCCUCGACCCGCGGUGGAACGAGCAGUACACCUGGCAGGUGUACGACCCCUGCACGGUGCUGACGGUGGCGGUGUUCGACAACUGGCGCAUGUUCGCCGAUGCGGCCGGCGAGGAGCGGCCCGACUACCGCAUCGGCAAGGUGCGCAUCCGGGUGUCGACGCUGGAGAGCAACCGCGCGUACACGGCGUCGUUCCCGCUGCUCGUGCUGCUGCGGUCGGGGCUGAAGAAGAUGGGGGAGGUGCAGCUGGCGGUGCGGUUCGCCUGCCCGGCGCUGCUGCCCGACACCUGGGCCAUGUACGCGCAGCCGAUGCUGCCGCGCAUGCACUACCUGCGCCCCAUCGGGGUGGCCCAGCAGGAGGCGCUGCGCGGGGCGGCAAUUCGCACCGUCGCCGGGUGGCUGGCGCGGGCGGAGCCGCCGCUGGGCCCGGAGGUGGUGCGCUACGUGCUGGACGCGGACGCGCACGGGUGGAGCGUGCGGCGGAGCAAGGCGAACUGGUUCCGGAUCAUGGGGGUGGUGGCGUGGGCCGUGGGGCUGGCUCGGUGGGUGGACGACGUGCGGCGGUGGAGGAGCCCCGUGACGACGGUGCUGGUGCACGUGCUGUACCUGGUGCUGGUGUGGUAUCCGGAGCUGGUGGUGCCGACGGGGGCGCUGUACGUGUUCCUGAUAGGGGUGUGGUACUACCGGUUCAGGCCAAAGGGCCCGGCCGGGAUGGACGCAAGGCUGUCGCAGGCCGACACGGUGGAGCAGGACGAACUGGAGGAGGAGUUCGAGCCGGUGCCCACGUCGGUGGAGGUGCUGCGGGUGCGGUACGAGAGGCUGAGGACGCUGGCAGGGAGGGUGCAGAGGGUGAUCGGGGACCUGGCGGCGCAGGGAGAGCGGCUGCAGGCGCUGGUCAGCUGGAGGGACCCCAGGGCCACCAGGAUAUUCAUCGCCGUCUGCCUCGCGGUGGCGCUGGUGCUCUACACGGUGCCGCCGAAGAUGGUGGCGGUGGCGCUCGGCUUCUAUUUCCUCCGCCACCCCAUGUUCAGGGACCCCAUGCCGCCCGCCGCCGUCAACUUCUUCCGCCGCCUGCCCAGCCUCUCAGACAGACUUUUGUAAGAGGUUGCUUGUUACUCGUUAGGCUCACCCAUUUCAGUUAUUAGUUCAGGAGAGGGGAUUGGGAGAAUUUGUUCAUACUCCAGGAAAUGUGAUAUAGGAAUUGUUGGAUGGUAAUAAUCUGGGAUGAGAUUUUAACAAAGAGAGGCUCUCUUUUUGUACUCAUGAGUAAGCGCGUCACAAAGCGACCACGACGGUUGGUCUUCAACUUUCUCUGCUGUUUUAUGAGACUCGAGAUUCAUCUCUCUAAAUAAGAAAGAGAUUUUCGAUCA